CUCCCCAUCUCCCCAAAUCCACCCACCCACCCCGGUACCCACUGCUUGGGGCCUUCUGGGUGGCAGCACUUCACGGGGAGAGACCGAGGAGCAGCCCUGAGCCCUUGGCUGUGGGGGGUGGGGGAACUGACUCCACUUGGCCCCCUCCCUCGUGCCGAUGGGGCAGCCCCCACACCCAUGGGCGCUGGUACCCCGGCAGGCCCCCGGGUUUUGGAAAAGGAAGCUGCAGCCCGGCUGCGCCUGACCGGAGCCGGCUGAGGAUGCGCUCUGGGCGGAGGGACCCGCUGGCCCCCGGGCCGGGAGGCGAUGUUUAGGCAGCGACCCCCCAGAGGCUGCCGGGGCCACCCUGGCCGCGGGCCCGCCGGGACGCCCCUGCUCGCCGCGCCCCUCCCCGGGCCGUGGCACGUCCCCCGAGCAGCACAGUAUUUCCUUCCUGCACCUUUAAGAAGACCGUUGCUCCGUGGUGGGAUGGUGUGUUAAAGCCACACAGAGGAAGUUACGCAGCCCGGAUCAGACCGAGAGAUAAAAGCCCCGAUGGUGAUCGUGAGUGAUGGCAAGAGGAUUUAGCCUCGGCAUUAACUUGGAGCGGAGUGCAGGGGGGCCGUGAAGCGCCCGCCAUCUGGCCCGCGCCGCGCCGGGGGGAUGCCCCAGCUCCCCGACGAGCCGCCGCGAAGCCCACCCGGGCCGGGGGCUGCCGGGCGCCCGAGCGCGGGUCCUCCCCGGGCCGCCCAGGGGGGCCAAAAAGUUUGCACUUGUUAGCGGCGACCUCCCGCUCGGCCCGGGCGGGCGAUGCGGGCGGCGCGAGCGGCCCCCUCCCCCGGCCCGCGUCUCCGGGACGGCAGCGGGCGGCCCCCCCGGCGGCCGGAGGGCUCCCCGGCCCCGAUCUGACGGCGGCGGCGGCGGCGGCCACAGCGGCGGGAGCGGCGCGGGGAAGGAGCAGCGGCUCGCAGCCCUCGGCCCGGGCCCCCACCCAGCGCCAGCCGGAGGCGGGAGGCGCAGCGCCGGAGGGUGGCGGUCCUCGGCCCUCCCGGGUCUCCGCGCCGGGAAGCCGCUCCAAGCCGGGACAAGCCAGACCCCAGGUACCUGGAUGGAUUGAGAGCUGAGAUCUCAGAAACUUCAUAAUAAGUUGCCGAUGGCUACCAGCCAAGGCCGGAGGGUUGUUUUGCAGUUGUGUUGAGCACCUCACCCACUAAGAGCCCUUUAAAGACCUGGAUUGAUUGGAAGGACAAAAAUUAAAAGCAAUCUGAUCCGGCCUCAUGCAGGAUCCCUGCGGAUUUGCUCCUUAUCCCGUUUCCAUCCACUGUCACAAUUCGAGAGUCUGCCUGAUUUGAUCAACUUCACCUCCGGGGGAGGUGUGACGCCAAGGUUAGGAGGAUGUGAAGUUAUGGGCAACUUUCUGAUCUGCCCAUCAGCAGUCUGAGAAACGCUGGCUCUGAAUUUUCCAUCUCGGCCUUUUGGAAACAACAAGUUCCUUGCUGUUUGCAAAGCUUCAGUGCUCGGGGCCCUGGGACACCCUGGCCACCCUCGCCUGGUUGAUGUGGCAUUUCCAUGCUGAGCCCGAGAGUCCCGCCUGACCCCAUCGCUGCCUCUCCAGGGCGUCUCUGGGCCGCACAGCCAUGCUGCACCUGCUGGCGCUCUUCCUGCACUGCCUCCCGCUGGCCUCUGCGGACUACGACAUCUGCAAAUCCUGGGUGACCACAGAUGAGGGCCCCACCUGGGAGUUCUACGCCUGCCAGCCCAAGGUGAUGCGCCUGAAGGACUAUGUCAAGGUGAAGGUGGAGCCCUCAGGCAUCACGUGCGGAGACCCCCCUGAGAGAUUCUGCUCCCAUGAGAAUCCCUACCUGUGCAGCAAUGAGUGUGACGCCUCCAACCCGGACCUGGCCCACCCGCCCAGGCUCAUGUUCGACAAGGAGGAGGAGGGCCUGGCCACCUACUGGCAGAGCAUCACGUGGAGCCGCUACCCCAGCCCACUGGAAGCCAAUAUCACCCUCUCGUGGAACAAGACCGUGGAGCUGACAGACGACGUGGUGAUGACCUUCGAGUACGGCCGGCCCACGGUCAUGGUCCUGGAGAAGUCCCUGGACAACGGGCGCACGUGGCAGCCCUACCAGUUCUACGCCGAGGACUGCAUGGAGGCCUUCGGCAUGUCCGCCCGCCGGGCCCGCGACAUGUCAUCCUCCAGCGCCCACCGCGUUCUCUGCACUGAGGAGUACUCACGCUGGGCGGGCUCCAAGAAGGAGAAGCACGUGCGCUUCGAGGUGCGAGACCGCUUCGCCAUCUUUGCCGGCCCAGACCUGCGCAACAUGGACAACCUCUACACGCGGCUGGAGAGCGCCAAGGGCCUCAAGGAGUUCUUCACCCUCACCGACCUGCGCAUGCGGCUGCUGCGCCCCGCGCUGGGUGGCACCUACGUGCAGCGGGAAAACCUCUACAAGUACUUCUAUGCCAUCUCCAACAUCGAGGUCAUUGGCAGGUGCAAGUGCAACCUGCACGCCAACCUGUGCUCCAUCCGGGAGGGCAGCCUGCAGUGUGAGUGCGAGCACAACACCACCGGCCCUGACUGCGGCAAGUGCAAGAAGAACUUCCGCACGCGGUCCUGGCGGGCCGGCUCCUACCUGCCGCUGCCCCACGGCUCUCCCAACGCCUGUUCCGCUGCAGGUUCCUUUGGCAGCAUCAGCAGGUCCCGGAAAGACCCCAACCCCAAAGGCCCUGUGGCCACCGCAGCCACCACGGCAGUGACAGGGGCCCCCACCACCCCUGUCCUCUCUACGUCAACUGCCUGGGCCCCUACAGCUCCCAGCACCCCACAGCCCACAGAGUGGACCAGGCCAUCUACGGCUGCCCCUCUCUCAGGCAGGUGGUCCCAGGUGGUCAUCCGUGCAGAAGCUGUGGGCACCCCUGCUGCUGCCCCUGCCCCUGCCAAGGGCUCCAAACUUUUCCAGCUCAAGCCCAAAUCUCCUCAAGUGAUGCCUAUUGAAGAAUUCCAAGACUGCGAAUGCUACGGCCACUCCAACCGCUGCAGCUACAUUGACUUCCUGAAUGUGGUGACCUGUGUCAGCUGCAAGCACAACACGCGAGGUCAGCACUGCCAGCACUGCCGGCUGGGCUACUACCGCAACGGCUCAGCGGAGCUGGACGAUGAGAACGUCUGCAUUGAGUGUAACUGCAACCAGAUAGGCUCCGUGCACGACCGGUGCAACGAGACCGGCUUCUGCGAGUGCCGCGAGGGCGCGGUGGGCCCCAAGUGCGACGACUGCCUCCCCACGCACUACUGGCGCCAGGGCUGCUACCCCAACGUGUGCGACGACGACCAGCUGCUGUGCCAGAACGGAGGCACCUGCCUGCAGAACCAGCGCUGCGCCUGCCCGCGCGGCUACACCGGCGUGCGCUGCGAGCAGCCCCGCUGCGACCCCGCGGACGACGACGGCGGCCUGGACUGCGACCGCGCGCCCGGGGCCGCCCCGCGCCCCGCCACCCUGCUCGGCUGCCUGCUGCUGCUGGGGCUGGCCGCCCGCCUGGGCCGCUGAGCUCCGCCCGGGGGACGCGCCCUGCAUCCGGGGGCUGGGGGUUCUGGGGUCCCGGGGCGGGGCCGGCGUCCGAGGCCGGGCGGCGAGAAGCGUGCGGCCAGAGCCGCUCCCAGGUGCUACUCAGCAGGGCCCCCCGCCCGGCCCGCGCUCCCGCCCGCACUGCCCUCCCCACGCAGCAGGGGCGCCUUGGGGCUCCGGCCCCCGCGCCUGCCAUUUGGUUUCGUUUUUCUUUUUUAUUAUCUGCGGCCCCGUUCCUUUUUUUUAAUUUCUCUCUUUUUUUUUUUUUUUUUUUUUUUUUUUUUUUUUUUUUUUUUUUUUUUUUUUUUUUUUUUUUGGCUGGCGGUGGGCCAGUGGGUCUGGAGAAACGCUGCUCGCCCCACACCGCGCCCUGCCUCCCACCAUACUGGCGCACACGGGACUGUGGCCGACGCCCCGUGGCCUGUCCUGGGCUCACGGGCAGCGGCGGACCCCGACCUCCAGUUGCCUACAAUUCCAGUCGCUGACUUGAUCCUGUUUUCUAUUUUUUCUUUAUUUUUCCCGCAACCCACCAGACCCCAGGUCUCACCAGAGGCCCGGUGACCAAGAAACUCACCGUCUGGGGGAGGGGGAGAGAAGGAAUGGGUGGGAGACCUGGACAAUUUGAUUUGUAGAGAACUAGUUUUGUUUGUAUUCACUGUCCCCUGUAUGGGGGACGGGGCGGGAAAGCUGGUCACCGCGGGGGUCCAUGGCGUAGAAUCCGAGGAGUAAAGAGUCUGCUCACUGCUGCCUCCA